CGAACUCGCAAGUGCAGCUGCAAAUUGCUUUUUCCUUCUUCCGUUCACCUAAAUCCUUCCUGCUGGAACCAUUCACGCGGAUGGCAAGGGUUUACCCCAACGCCUCCACCGCCCUCCACGCCUCAUCGGAGAUGCCGAAGUUGUCAGUGAUCAAUGAAGGAAAAGAUCCGGUGGUCCUCACCGUCUGGAAGAAAUCGUUGCUUUUUAAUUGUAACGGUUUCACGGUGUUUGACAGCAAAGGAGAUCUGGUUUUUAGAGUGGAUAAUUACAUGGAAGGGCACAAAGGCGAGAUUCUCCUCAUGGAUGCCGCCGGCAAGGCUCUCCUCACUAUCCGCCGCAAGAGAUUGAGCCUGGGAGAUUCUUGGCUGGUGUAUGACGGUGAAACCGCCGAGAAUCCGCUAUUCUCGGUGAGGAAACACGUGAACAUCCUCAACAACAAGUGUCUUGCCUACGUCAGCGCCGGAAACAUCGGCAACGGCAACGGAUCGUCGUCGCCGUCCUCGUCGUGGAGUAACAAGCAGAACACCCGUACGGUAUAUCAGAUAGAAGGAUCGUACGCGCAACGGAACUGCGCUGUGUACGACGAAAAGAGGAGGCGACUGUCACCGUCACUACCCAUUGUGCAACCACUGCAAUGUUGAUCUUCUCCCAUCUCUCACUCACACUCAACUCGAUAGCUCUUCUCCAAUCUCUCAACCAGUCACUAGUAACUCAUCUCUUUUAUGUCGUUUUUCUUAAUGAACUUAUUGCUGGACAUGUGUAGCAACAAUUUAUGUAUUUUUUUCUAUGAACUUUGCUGAUGACAGUUGCAGUUUAUGUCUUUUCUUUUUUAUGAAUCUUUUACUGGAUUUGUUGGGCUUAUAUGGCAGUUUAUGCCUUUUUUCUUUAUGAACUUGUUGCUAACUUGCUGGACCUGCUUGACAUGUAUAUAUUAGCUAUGUAUAUUUACUACUUGUUUAUUUUGUUUCAAAUUUUUACUUUAUACGAUUAUUUGAACUAGUUUUAUUUAAUGAAUGUGGAAACUCAUU